UGUGUCUGUCUGUGUGUGAGGUCUAGUGAUCUGGCUUCAGUUGAAGUUAGUUUGCUCUUCUCUCUGUUCCUGUUUGGAUGGUUAUUUCGACGCAAAAUGAACUUCGGAUGAACAGUUAGGAAAACUUUAAAUCUUCAUGAGUUCCAAGGACAACGAUUAAUCGCUCAAAUGGGGGAUGUGGACUGCAGGUCUGUUGUAAAACUGAAUCUGGGUCAUUAAAGUAGUAAAUCCUCCAGUCCGACAGCAUGGAUCUGCUGGGCCGGUCCGGAGGGGAGAUUCAGCGCAGAAACCCGCAGCACGACUUUGAGCUGAUCCAGAGAGUUGGCAGCGGGACCUAUGGAGAUGUGUAUAAGGCUCGUAACAUCUCUACUGGAGAGCUUGCAGCAGUGAAGAUCAUCAAACUUGAGCCCGGUGAUGAUUUCUCAAUCAUCCAGCAAGAGAUUUUUAUGGUGAAGGAAUGCACCCAUCACAACAUUGUGGCUUACUUUGGCAGCUACCUCUGCCGUGAGAAGUUGUGGAUUUGUAUGGAAUACUGCGGUGGAGGAUCCUUACAAGACAUUUAUCAUGUUACAGGUCCGCUCUCUGAACUUCAGAUUGCCUAUGUGUGCAGAGAGACGUUACAGGGUCUUGCUUAUCUGCACUCCAAAGGCAAGAUGCACAGAGACAUCAAGGGGGCGAAUAUUCUGCUCACCGACAAUGGAGAUGUCAAAUUAGCGGACUUUGGAGUGGCUGCUAAAAUAACGGCCACCAUGGCGAAAAGGAAAUCCUUCAUUGGGACGCCCUACUGGAUGGCUCCAGAGGUGGCGGCAGUGGAGAAGAAUGGAGGUUAUAAUCAUCUGUGUGAUAUCUGGGCUGUUGGAAUCACAUCCAUAGAACUGGCAGAACUACAGCCUCCCAUGUUUGACCUCCAUCCCAUGAGGGCUUUAUUUCUGAUGUCUAAAAGCAACUUCCAGCCACCCAAGCUAAAGGACAAGACCAAAUGGUCUACAGCCUUCCAUAAUUUUAUAAAAAUUUCCCUCACAAAAAACCCAAAGAAGAGGCCAACAGCUGAGAAGCUGCUCUCGCACUUAUUUGUGGCUCAGACAGGUUUGACUCGACGGUUAGCUUUAGAGCUACUUGAUAAGAUGAACAACCCAGAUAAUCAUCAAUCUCACUUCAGCCAGGGAGAUGAAGAUGACUUGGAGCCGCUUUCAGAGCGCCACACCAUCCGCUCGUCCCACAGCAGGAACUCUCGUGCUGAAAAGACCCAGUCUCAGAUCAACUUUAAUAGGCUUCAGUUUGAGCCCCCCAUGAGGAAGGAGACUGAAGCAAGUGCUGAGAUGGAUGUAACUAAGGACAAUGAUUUCUCCUCCCCCUGGAGCCCAUUCACAGAGGGUCCCAUCGCCUCCAGGAGUCUUCUGAAGAGCGUUGAAGAGGAGUUGUUUAUACGAGGGCACUUGGCGCCAUUAGAAGAUGCUUUUGAAGAUGUUGAUCUUUCAACUCUUAAACAGGGAGUGCCACCACCGCUUCCUCCUAAGCCCUCUCAGGCUCGGUCGAGCAGUGUGUCCGAUGAGUUUGGUUUGAGCGACGGGGCUCAGACGGUGCGGAGGUUCACGGGCUCUGAUAACGGGCCUGUACCAGUGUCUCGCAGACAGAGCACACCUGAGAGAGGAAGUAACACAGAGCACAUCCACUCAGACUACAUGUCUGUGAGCGUCAGCAGCCCAGAGCUGCUCUCACACACCGCCGACCACGAGGAAGACUCAGACGAAAGUGUAAAUGGAGAUGUUUCAAAAUCACCUCCCGGCCGUCCCCAGAGGAAAGAGAGAAAAGAUUUUCCUAAACCUGCUAUUAACGGCCUGCCGCCCACUCCCAAAGUCCUGAUGGGAGCUUGUUUCUCAAAGGUUUUUGAUGGUUGUCCUCUUAAAAUUAACUGUGCCACUUCAUGGAUUCACCCAGAUACAAAAGACCAGUAUCUGAUAUUUGGCACUGAAGACGGAAUCUACACUCUGAACCUAAAUGAGCUGCAUGAAGCCACCAUGGAGCAGUUGUUUCCACGGCGAUGCACGUGGCUGUACAUAAUCAAUAAUAAUCUGAUGUCAUUAUCAGAAGGGAAGACGUUUCAGUUGUAUUCCCAUAAUCUGAUUGGGCUGUUUGAACAGCUCAGGAAACCUGGACUGGCCACUCAGUUCCACACCCACAGAUUCCCUGACAGGAUACUGCCCAGGAGAUUUGCUCUCACCACCAAGAUCCCCGACACCAAGGGAUGCCACAAGUGUUGCAUCGUGCGGAAUCCGUACACGGGUCACAAGUAUCUCUGUGGAGCUUUGCAGUCUGGGAUUGUUUUGCUGCAGUGGUACGAACCUAUGCAGAGAUUCAUGCUUAUAAAGCACUUUGAUUUCCCGUUACCAAGUCCGCUGCGUGUGUUUGAGAUGCUGGUGGUCCCUGAGCAGGAGUAUCCUCUGGUGUGUGUGGCGGUCAGUCAGGGCACUGAGCCGGGACAGGUGGUUCGCUUCCAGACCAUCAACCUCAAUUCCUGCUCCUCCUGGUUCACUGAGAUCGGCUCAGGAGGUAACCAGGUCGAUACGAUCCACGUGACACAGUUAGAGAGAGACACCGUGCUUGUGUGCCUGGACAAGAAUGUAAAAAUAGUGAACUUGCAUGGAAAGCUGAAAUCUAAUAAGAAACUGGCGUCUGAGCUGAGCUUCGAUUUCUAUGUCGACUCCGUAGUGUCUCUCCAGGACAGUGUUCUGGCCUUCUGGAAACAUGGGAUGCAAGGGAAGAACUUCAAAUCAAACGAGGUGACACAGGAGAUUUCAGAUCCAAGCAGAGUGUUCAGACUCCUGGGAUCAGACAGGGUUGUUGUUUUGGAGAGCCGGCCUACAGAUAACCCUACCGCUCUGAGUAACCUCUACAUCCUAGCUGGACAUGAGAACAGUUAUUAGCUCCGCCUCCUUCAGCCGUUCAGGCCCGCAGUACCUGGAGCUGUUGCAGUACCCAUGAUGCAUUCGUUCCGGAACGACACCGACGCUGGACAACCACAGCUGAGCUGAUGAGCAGACUGUGUUUAGUGCUAAAUCUCACUGCAGCCUUAUGCCGUACGCUGCCCACCGCCAGAGACCGCCAGACUUCUCGCCACUUCAGGCAUCCAGAAUCAAACAUCAUGCAGUUCUACAGCAGCCAGUCAGAUUUUUGUAAAUCAAGCAAGCAAUCGCCUUAACUGCAAGCAAUAGUGCUCUGUGUUAAAUUCCUGUUUUUUAAACCCUAUUAAAUAUUGUAAUCAUUCUAAACAUUUAAAAAUCAUUAAAGCUGCAAAGAUAGAACAUUGAGCAAAAUGCAUUGCUGCUCAAAAAGUGCCAUAUAAGGGAACGGUUUUAUUAAACGUAACUAACUUCGGAGGUUUUGUGUUAAUUGUAGAUAAAAAAUGUCAGGUUUUCAGGACCUGACCUAAUGGGGAAAGUUUUGGGAGAAUGAGUGUGUUAUUUAUUCAGCUGAGUCAUGUGAGUGAAGCAUCUCGCCCUCAUGUUACUGAGUGAAUAUUUUUCUGCUGCAGGUCAUUUUCUCUCUUGUUUGUUGUAGCUCUUAUAUUUUUCCCAGCUGAGUACUAUUUUAAAAUUUCAGUUAUCUCUUUUUAAAAGUAACUUUAAUUCAAUACUUGCACCAUGUAAGCACUUUUGUACAUGUUCUUUUUGUAUUUAAAAAUGACAAAACAUGGGAGAUGUGAGGUUACUGUGAUAUCUCAAGUGUUUCCGUUGCUUUAGUUUUAAUGUAUGCAGCAGCUUUUGUAAUAAAAAGGCAAUUGUUAA